AUGGAGGUGAAUUUCAGGAGCACCACAAGAAGUCUGAUUCAUGAGUUUGAGACUGGCUAUAUUCCAGAUUGGUUCUUGGUGGAAGUCUUAUCAAGAUUGCCUUUGAAAAGUGUUUUUAGGUUCAAAUGUGUAUCAAAGCAGUGGCUUUCGUUUAUUUCGGACCCUUAUUUUGUCAACUUGUACAUUUCUCGAGUUUCUUUGUCACAUAAGCCACGACCAUGGACCGUUCUUAGUCACCGUCUGCAUGCUAAAGGCACAAAUUUCAUCACUUAUGAUCCCCCAUUAAUGCUGGACGACAUGUUAGAAGAAAAUGAUCUGAUUGAGUACCCGACUAGUUUAUCAUGUCAUCUUCAGUUUACUCCUUCUCAACCACGACCUUCUGUGCUCGAACGCUAUGACAUCGUAGCAAUUAGCGAUGGACUAGUGUUGUAUGGACGAUUUGUGUAUAAGGAGAAUUACUUCAAUCAGAUGAUAGAUUAUCACAUGUAUAACCCCAUUACACAGCAGUGUAUUGCCCUUCCUCCACCUCUUUUGUGCUUUCGGUUUGUCAAUACUGGUUUUCUAACCCAAAUUGAAGGGGGGACAUUAAAGAGCUAUAAAGUGGUGCGAUUUGAUUGUCAAUUACGGGAGUCCCAUAACCUCAAGUUUGAGAUAUUCUAUUCUGAAACUGGAAGCUGGAAGAGUGCUGUUGUGCACAGUGACCAAGCAAUUCAGAUUACCUGGUUAGGGAUGCCUUUUUCCUUCAGUGGAAUGUUACAUUGGAUUGACCGUUCACUUGGGAUUAUGGCAUGUGAUCCUUGCAGGGAUUUCAAUCAGUACCGCAUCAUUGGACUUCCACCUGACAUUGACAAGCAAUGUAAUGACUUCAAAAAUAAUGGAUUGUAUAGUUUUUGCAGCGUGCAUCAGGGUCGAUUGAGGUACUUUGAGGUGUCUCUUGCACCCUCGGAUCCCUUUGGAUUUUCAGGUUUCGCUCUAUGGGUACUUGAUGAUUAUGACUCUAGUACUUGGUCUUUGCAGCACAGAGCUAGGGUUACUGAUAUCUUGUUUGAUGAUAUCUUAACUAGCCAAGGGUUAACUGGAUCAUGUCCUGUUCCUCUUGCCUUCCAUCCAUUUGACGGAAACAUUGUUUGGCUAAGAUUAGGGGUCUAUAUUGUCACAUACAAUGUCAAGACUUUAAAAUUGGAGGCUCAUGGUAAUCCAAUUGCUACUGAAUAUUGCUUGUGCGAAACAAGAGGAUGGUUGUCCUGGUGUGAACGAAUACCUUCAAAGUUAGCAUUCUUGUACGUUCUUCCUCCAUGGCCAAUUUCUAUCCCGAAUAAUCUUUCCACAGGUCUGAAGGAGGAAGAUGGUGUUUAG